AUGUUGCCCUACAUAGAUUCCUUGUUCCAAUACCCAGCGCAGCUGACCGGCGCCUCUGUGGACGAGCUCAAAUUGAUCACUUCAUUCCUGCUCUCCUAUCCGCUGGCUGGCUUGCUGAAGCGCAUCCCCGACGCCCAACCGUGGAAAAAGAAUGCGUUCAUCAUCGGUGCCUCGCUCUUCUACAUCAUCGGUCUUUUCGACCUCUGGGAUGGACUGCGCACACUCCUCUACAGUGCUGCCGGUACCUAUGCGAUUGCAUACUAUGUAGAUGGAUCGUUGAUGCCCUGGAUCGGGUUCAUUUUCUUGAUGAGCCACAUGUCCAUCAGCCACAUCUACCGCCAGAUCCUCGACGAUCCUCAGGUGGUCGACAUCACGGGAGCACAGAUGGUCCUCGUGAUGAAGCUUACUUCAUUCUGCUGGAACAUCCAUGACGGCCGCCUGCCCCAGGAUCAGUUGUCCGAUUCACAGAAGUACUCGGCCAUCAACGAGUUCCCCAGCAUCGCCAACUAUGUGGGCUACGUCUUGUUCUUCCCGUCGCUGUUCGCUGGUCCAUCCUUCGAGUAUGUGGACUACCGUCGUUGGCUCGACACCAGUCUUUUUGAAAUCCCGCCGGGUACGGAUCCGUCCAAAGUUCCGCCGACCAAGAAGAAGCGCAAGAUCCCUCGCAGCGGAACCCCAGCUCUCAAAAAAGCUAUCGUGGGUCUGGGUUGGAUCUUCCUCUUUCUCCAGCUGGGCUCGUGUUACACGACAGAUCUCGUCCUGUCGGACUCUUUCAUGGACUAUGCCUUCCCGCGCCGCAUCUGGAUCGUGUACAUGCUCGGCUUCACCACUCGCCUGAAGUAUUACGGCGUCUGGUCCCUCACCGAGGGUGCCUGUAUCCUAUCCGGCAUGGGAUACAAUGGCUUCGAUGGAAAGUCCGGCAAGGUCUUCUGGAACCGUCUGGAGAACGUUGAUCCCUGGAGUCUGGAGACUGCCCAGAACUCGCACGCUUACCUCGGAAGCUGGAACAAGAACACCAACCACUGGCUGCGCAACUACAUCUACCUGCGCGUUACUCCCAAGGGCAAGAAGCCAGGUUUCCGCGCCAGUAUGGCCACUUUCGCGACUAGCGCGCUCUGGCACGGUUUCUACCCAGGAUACUACAUGACCUUUGUCCUGGGCUCGUUCAUUCAGACCGCUGCCAAGAACUUCCGCCGCCACGUCCGCCCCUUUUUCCUCACUCCGGACGGCAGCAAACCUACGCCAUACAAGCGGUACUACGACAUCCUCAGCUGGCUCGCUACCCAGCUCACACUAGCCUUCACCACCCUCCCCUUUGUCCUGCUCAGCUUCGGUGACUCCAUGACCGCGUGGGCCCACGUCUACUUCUACGGCAUCGUCGUCACCUUCUCCUCAAUCGUCUUCUUUGCAUCCCCCGCAAAGGCCUACCUGGUCGGCCAGCUGAAGCGCCGCAGCCGGCCCCAAAUGACUCGGUCUACCAGCGCAGAUUCUAUCCCGCCGACGACUCUGGGUCUGCCUAAUGACCCCGAACAGGACUUCGACGAGGCUGUCCAGGAGAUCAUGUCGGAAAUUGAGUCUCGUCGUCGCCGUGGAAGCGUUGUUACCAUGCCUUCUGGCGAGGAGCUGAAGGUUGCUGUCGAGCAGAAGAUUGGCCGGAAGCUGUAG